AGAAAAGUGUCUUUUUAAUCAGAAACAUGUUUAGAAAUAUUUACUCUGUAUUUUUUAUAAGCUUUAUUGUGGGAAAUUACUUUUUAUUCAAUAUCGAAUCAGCACAAAGUGGGAGGGACGCUGUGCUCUGAUUGGUUGUCGCGAUUCGGGAGAGUUUCAGGGAUUGGUCGCUAAGGUGACGGCGUUUUUUACGUUUUUGUAGCGUCACACGACGCGUACUACUGUGCGCCUUUCUUCUGCGUUUUACGGUACCUUUUUUUUGUCAUCACUUCCGUAAAACGGGGGCUUGCGUUGUUUAUGUGUUCUUAUGGCACCAAUUAACUGUUGCUAGCUAAAAAUCUGGCUUGACGGGAACCCCAAACGGAGCAAAUGGAAAAAGAUGCGAGCUGUGAGCGCGCAGCGGGCCUAACGCCGGUCUGUGGCCGCCUGCAGGAGACCUGAAAGCCGGGCGGAUCCUCCUCUCUCCUGGGUUUUUUAAAGUUUAGCCUCAUUUUUCGGGGACUGGCUGGGAUUACGUUCAUCAUGUUGAACGGCGUGGCUCUGCGCUCCCAGAUCGCCUCCGUGAUCAACGCCCUGGCCAAAGCGGCCGUGGCAGAGAUCUCCAAAGUUGUGGAGGACGGGAUGGUGGUGCUGCGGCUGGAGAUGUGUCAGCGGGAGGAUGAGAUCGAGAGGCUGAAGAGCAGCAUGGAGGUCCUGCAUGGAGAGCUGAGGGCGGCGCGGCAGGCGGAGACCCAGCGGCCGGAGAUCCAGCGGCCGGAGCACCGCGCUGCAGACGAAAGGCAGAGGGGUGUUGGAGGUGAGAAGAUCUUGGUUGCAAACGUUCCUUCUGUUGAGCAACCCAGCGAGCCACCUGUGCCCGAAGUGCAAGUGAAAUGCGAACCUGUGGAGGAGGGAAGCGAGGACGCCAGAGGACGGCUGGAGAGGCCGGUGGAAGGCUCUCUGUACGGAGGUGGGCAGUGGAGAUCAGGGCCACCGAAGGAGGCCGGAGGCGGCAGCUCUGAAUACUUAACUUUGGGUCAGAACUCCUUGUCGUGUCUCUCCGAGCCACCGUUGGACGCCGGGCUCGUUCUGUCCUGCAGCGGCUCCGCCGGAUUCCCGCAGAGCCAGUUCAGCCGUGGGCUUGUGGGCUACAACCAGUACAGGAACACGGUGCGGAGGCGGACCGCGAAGAGGCUGAUGUUCAAGAAGGGCUUCAUCUGUCCGUACUGCGGCAAGUACUUCGAGCGAGCCGGCCACCUCGAGAGACACAAGAGGAUUCACACCGGCGAGAAACCGUACCGCUGUGAGAUCUGUGGACGGCGCUUCAAUCAGAACUGCAGCCUUAAGGAGCACAUGAAGAUUCACAGGAGAGGUCUUCAGCCGAGAGCAGGCGAGGUCCAGAUAGGCCAACAGCUCCCGAUCCCACCGGUGAAUCCGUGUGUGGAAAGGCGUCGCCCUGAGGAGGCCGGCCAAGUGAAGGCUGAAGAUAACCAAGCAAAGACCGAGGAGGUGCUGCCGACUCCUGUCCAGGUGAAGUCUGAGCCGCUCGAGGAAAGUAUAACGCAACCGCAGCAUCACGUGAAUCCCAAUCAGACCACGAACAGAGCGGACAACGUGGGCGAAAGCGUCACACCAGGGGACCAGGGCGGCCAGCUGUGGGCCUCCAGGCUACAGAACAAUCCAGGACUGAGCAGAACCGAAGCCGUCAACAGCUCGUCGUCGCAGAACACGUCUUCCUUCCCCGCCAUCGCCCAGUUACUCCAGCCGCCGGAGGAAGCUUCGUACGGCAACUUCUCUGUCCGAGGAAAACUGUACGGGCAGCUGAAGAACAGCGGCGUCCCGCAGACCCCUUACGGCUCCUCUGGGACCAUCAUCAUCUCCGGUAACCCGGGCUUCCACGGCGCGGCGGAGGCCUCCAACCACCACAGGCAGAGGAAAAACAGGUCGUUUCCGGUUUUGAAACCGAAGAAGUGUUUCGUUUGCACGUACUGCGGGAAGGUGUUUGAGCGAGCCGGACACCUGGAAAGACACCUGCGCAUCCACACCGGGGAGAAGCCGUACGGCUGCCAAAUCUGCGGAAGGUGCUUCAAUCAGAAGAGCAGCCUGAAAGGGCACAUGAAGACCCACAGGAACGGGAUGACGACAGACAUGCUAGAGGCCCAUCACCUGAUGUUCUCUGUGCCCGACAAUCAGCUGAUGGAGAACUACGUGGAGACCAGUAACGGACCGCCGGCCGCAGAGGAGGGCCAGUCUCCCGGCCCCGCCUUCUCUCACGCCGUUAAAGAGGAACCCGCCCCGGCGAACCUGGAGCCCAACGGGGACACUUUCCUCGGCGUGUCCCAGGCGGACGCUGACGACAGAGCAGGCGCAGCAGACAAGCGUUUGCUGUGGACGUCCGCAGUGGAGGAAAGCUUCGACGGCCCCGACCAAUCCGUCUGUGUGCUUUUACAGGACGUGAAGUACCACGUCGGCUCGGCGGCCGCGGGAGGCAGCGAGCAGCAGGGAUUCGCCUCGCCGCUAAAUGAUCUGGCCUUUAUAGACAACAAAGCACAGGAGGAUCAGUAUUCAACGGCGGCGCUGCAGCACAGGACCUCAGAUCUAAGCCACGAGUUGGCUGCGAGGGAUUUCUGCCCGGAGAGGGACGGCGUGAGCCAGGACGGCGUCUACGAGUUUACGCUGAGGGCUUCGGACCGCUACGAGGACGCCUGCGGCGGAGACCCCGCCAGGCAGAACUACAUCUGCUCCAGCUGCGGGCAAAGCUUCGAUAGUUUCCAUAUUUUCCAGGAGCACCAGUGUGACAAAGUCCCCGAGCAGCCGUUCAGCUGUGAGAUGUGCGGGAAGACGUUUAACCAGCUGAGCAUCCUGAAACUGCACCUUAAGCUACAUGCAAGAUAAACCCGUCGGCUUUCUGAGCAACACACCUUCUCUGCCGCCCGCCGUGUCUGGCUGACAAAAACAAGACUGUUUUCUCCUGGGACUGAAAUAAAAACACAAAGAACUAAAGAUAAUGACAGAUUUCAGCUCCAUUUUUGACACUUGAACCUUUUUCUUUUUUGUACUGUAAAGACUAAUCAGAGAAAACACUAAUAAUGGUUAUUAUCUUCUGUUUACUGAAAUUAUUUCUGUUGUUUGUUGGUUUGUAACAUUAAGAAAAGAAAAAUCUCUCCUGAAACUCAGAAUGUUGUUGAAACAAACUAAAAUUUAAAGGUGCAUAGCCACGUUAUUUGACUCUUUUUAUUUAUACAUCAGUAGCUCACUCUGGUUACCUACAAAGCUUUUAUGAACGAUUAUCACGUCCCAGCUGGCGUAUUAGUCGUUGUUUGACCGUUUUACACUUUGUUUUUGCUCAAUUUGUCCUUUGAGUUUAUUUAUAAUAACAACGGAUGUACAGUGCUGUGGAUAUGCAGGAAGCAGCUAACGGCUAUUAGCAUCUCCCAGCGAACUGUGGAAACAAUGAAAAAAGGUCCAAGAUCCAGUGAAGAUAUAAACGCAAAAAUAAAUGAUUUCAAGAGGGAAAAGACUUGAAUGUCUCUGGAAAUACAGUCUGAACGAUGGUGUUCACUGAAGCUAAACCUGCCGAGGCUCAGAUGUGACCGCAGAGUUGACUGACAUAAAUAAACGUCCUUAUCAAUACUGUGAUAAUAGUAAUAAUAAUGCGCUUCUUAGCCUCUACAGUCUUAAGUACAAACAAGAUUAUAAAUAGAUCAAUCGAUUCAUUGUUCUUACCAUAAUGCUGUGUCCCUGUUUAUGAACGGGAAUUUUCUUUCUCCUUGAUGCUCUGAUAUGAGGCUCGUAAAGUUGCUGAAAAUCAGUGUAUGUAAUUGAUAACAAUAAUUAAUAAUUCAAUCUCGCUGAGCUGCUGCUUUGCAGAGGGUCAGGCUCGGGCCGGCAUUAUUUAGCAGUGAUUUAUUAGUCGGCAUCUGGCUUUCUGGUAGUUCUGCGGUACUGCCUGUAGAUGGCGCCACAUCUGUUUAUAUCUGCUCAUCGCGCCUGUUGCUGGAGUUCAAUUUAGGCUGAAAAAUAACGAUCAAAACACUUUCAUGAUAGACGCUUGGUAUAUACUGUAUAACCUUAUUUUGUCAUGAUCAACUGGAUUUUGGUCUUUUUGGUACAGGCAUAUAAUGUGGCAAUGCACCUUUAAAGUCAAAUAACUUUUUUUAGGCUAAAAUAAGCAAUGCCUAUUUCUGAAAUAAUAACUUAAGAGGACAUAAACACAUAAUCUCAUUAAUAUGAGCCCACUGGGGAGUUGUGACAAAAAGAAUGAACGGCUUUUCAACUUCAGACUUUUACAAACGAGGACAUAAUAAAUAAGAAAUAGUCCUCCCCCAAUUAUUUAACCUUAAGUUUAAAACACACACACAAACAUUUGUGAAAUUAAGAGGAAACAAAAAAGCUGUGUUGAAAACAAAGUGCACCCUUGUGGAUCAUGAGGACUCAGGACAAAAAGUUGCACCCAAGCGUUGCUCAUCAAAUAAUCAUUUAAUUACCUGGUGGUCUUCAAUAAAUGUGCCCUAUUUAAAAAAAAAGCAGGAGUGUUGUCAGGUUUCUGCUCUGCGUUAACACAACGCUGAGGCAGGAAGCAGGGAGCGCUCCCUGAAGACGGCUUCUUCUCGUCCCAGAAAGACAUGGGUCGACUUUGGACCAAGGAGACCAAAGAAGAGAUGUAGCUUAGCCCAGACCAGAUCACCAUCAGGACAAUGAUCCUAAACAGAGCAGCAGAUAAAAUGGCUGGAAAGAGAAAAAAGUCAAAGUCCAGAACUCAGUGGGAGCUGAGCCGCACAGAAGAACGGCUCAGAUGUCCUCAGAAAUUACGCGCUGCUG